UCGUUUGAUACAUUUCGCGGGAAAGAGAGUAGGAGCUGAGCGAGAUGAAUGGAUGUUGCUGUAAGGGUCCGCCCGCUCAUAGACAGGGAGGAUGGAGGGAAGAAAUGACCAUGUGUUUGACGAAACCAUCUAAAUCGAAAGACCUGUAUGACAACGUAAUACAACACGUCGUGAUAUCUGCCAUGGAGGGCAUCAACGGUAGGACUUUCCCUCCAGUUUCUGUGAUGAAGUCAUUGGUGAAGUGCUGGGUUCUAACUGUGUUUCCUCCUCCUCUCUGUUCUUAGGAACUGUUUUUGCGUACGGGCAGACAUCCAGUGGGAAGACACACACAAUGUGAGGGAGUGGACCUGAACCAGGCGUUAUUCCUCUAGCGAUGGAAGAAAUCUUCCAAUAUAUUA